UGAAAAAUGGCAUUGCUAAUUUCACCACUACAAUUGUAAAGCAGUAAAAUUAUUCAAAUGAUCGUGGACUCGUGGGUUAAAACCGAGUCAUCACUACUUGCUGUUAAAUUUAGAACCAGAACUUAGUUCGAUGAAAUGGAGUUAAAAAAUGACAUAACUCUUCGGAUGGAUCACUCUUCAACUCAAAAUGUCAUGUAAAAUUUGAGAGCUAUGAAACUCCAUGUAAAAAACGAAGCAAUGGUUCAAAGCUAUCAAAUCCAUUCCCGUUGUGUGUAGAUAUCGAUAUAAUUACUCGCAGAAACAGAGUGAACCAGAUGGCAAACAAACUCCACUAACAACAUGACAAUCCUCACUGUUUUCACCAAGCUAAGAUGGUAUCAAACGCAAGCAAAUAUGUUGGUCAGGAAUUAUAGCUAUUCUUUGGCCAUAGAUUAUAAUAACAGAGGAGAGUUGAAGGAAUUGAUAAACAAUUUAUGCGACAAAAGACGAGUGAAGGUCGUAGAUCAUACCACUUAUGCUAACCUUCUUAAAGCCUGCAUCAAAAGAAGAGCCUUGGAAGAGGGUAAGUGCUUGCAUGCUCAUAUAAUCCACACAAAAUUGCGUCCUGGCAUUUUUCUCAGCAAUCGUCUCCUUGAUUUAUAUGUCAAAUGUGGAAGUCUGGAGAGUGCACGCCAACUGUUUGACAAAAUGCCUCAACGAGAUUCGUGCUCUUGGAAUACAUUGAUUGCUGGGUACGCAAAGUCCGGAAACUUUGAAGAUGCGCGCAAACUGUUUGACGAAAUGCCGGAACGAGGAAAUGUUUCGUGGACGUCCAUGAUUGCAGGAUAUGUGCAGAAUGGCCGUAGAGGGGAUGCUUUGGAGCUGUUUGAGAAAAUGCAAGGUGCAGAUGUUGAAGUGGAUCAGUUUAUUUAUGCUGUCGUUCUCAGUGCUUGUGCAAGUUUAGCAUCUCUGCAAGGUGGUAAAGCAAUCCAUGCUCGUUUGUUUAGAAAUGGAAUGGAUUCAGAUGUGUAUAUAGGCAAUGCACUUCUUGACAUGUAUGCCAAAUGUGGGGUUUUGGAAGAUGCACACCAGGUGUUUGACAAAUUACUUGAGCGAGAUGAUGUUUCAUGGAAUGGUAUGAUUUCUGGAUAUGCCAGAUAUGGAUAUGGUGAAGAAGCCUUGAGAUUUUUCUUGCAGAUGCAACAGGCAAACAUGAAACCGACACCUUUCACUUUUGCAAGUCUCCUCAGUGCAUGUGCGAGCAUGUCAUUUCUGAAACAGGGCAACCAAAUCCACAGUUACAUUGUUAAAAAUAACUUAGAUUCAAAUGUAAUAUUGAGUAAUGCUCUAAUUGACAUGUAUGCUAAAUGUGGAAGUUUGGAAAAUGGAAUCAAAGUGUUUGACAGGAUGCCACAAUCAGAUGUGAUUUCAUGGAACACUUUGAUUGCAGGUAAUGCGUGCAAUGAUCGGGGUGAAGAUGCUCUGGAAUUGUUUAUGAAGAUGAGAUGGACCGGCUUGAAGUCUAGCCAGUGCACUCUUGCAAGUGUACUCAGUGCUUGUGCCUCCUUAGCAACUUUAGACUUGGGCAAGCAAGUCCACGGUAACAUAAUUCAAAUAGGAUUCGAAUCCGAUGGCUUUGUUGGUAGUGCCCUUAUUGACACAUAUGCAAAAUGUGGAAGGAUAAAUGAUGCACGCCAAGUAUUUGCUGGCAUCCCUGAUAAAAAUGCAGUUUCAUGGACUACAAUGAUUGUUGGAUAUGCCCAGAAUGGAUGUGGAAAGGAAGCCCUUCAACUCUUUGAAGAGAUGCUGCUUGUGGGCAUGAAGCCAAACCACAUUACUUUUGUUGGUGUUCUUGCUGCAUGUAGCCACGCUGGUUUGGUGGACGAAGGUCGAUUCUACUUUGAUUCCAUGAGUAGAAAUCACGGCAUUACACCUGUAGCAGAACACUAUACAUGUGUGAUUGAUCUGUUUGGGCGAGCUGGGAUUUUAGAAGAGGUAGAGCAUUUAAUAGACAAUUUACCAUUUGAACCUGAUGCUUUUAUGUGGGGAUCAAUACUCGGUGCUUGUAGAAUUCAUGGAAAUGAAAAGCUAGCAAAGCGUGCAGCAGAUUGCCAUUUUAAGUUGGAUCCAGAAAAUGCUGCACCAUAUGUGCUUUUAUCAAACAUAUAUGCGGCAAACGGAAAAUGGGAGAAUGUAGCAGAGGUGAGAAAGAUGAUGAGUGGUAAGCUUGUCAAGAAGCAGCCUGGCUGCAGCUGGGUUGAAAUAAAAAACAAGCCACAUAUAUUUAGAUCGGAAGAUGGUUCACACCCACAAAUUGGAGAGAUCCAUGCAAUGUUGGAAAACCUAAGUAUACAGAUGAAGAAGGAAGGUUACAUACCUGACACAAACUUCGUUUUGCUUGACGUGGAUGAGGAUCAAAAGGAACGCCUCCUUCUUCAUCACAGUGAGAAACUUGCUCUUGCGUUUGGGCUUAUUAAUUCAUGUCCUGGUGCGCCAAUUAGAAUUGUUAAAAACCUUCGAGUAUGUGGUGAUUGCCAUACUGCCAUGAAGUUCAUCUCUAAGAUUGUUGGGCGGGAAAUUAUUGUGAGGGAUGCGACACGGUUCCAUCAUUUCACAGGUGGAUAUUGCUCUUGUACAGAUUAUUGGUGAGAUUCAGUGAAGGAGCUGACUAAACUUCAAUCAAUUGUAGGAUUAUAUAUGAUCCUACUCACUUUUCAGUUGCAAUGGAAUUGCAUUUCCUUGAGACUGACGUACAUGCACCCUUAGAAUUAAAAAUUCUCGCUGUGAUGCAGAAAUUGAAUUGCCAUAUUUCACAAAUGCUGAGUAUUCUUUGUGCCGAUGACAAAAGAAAUAGUUUUCAAUAUUCUGCGGAUUUACAGGAAAAUUUGAGAAAGAAGUUAAAUGGAGAACUGGCAAUGGAAAUCAUUCAGUGUUCAACCCUGAUACAUAAGAUAAUACAAUCUGAUUGGUGAUUAUGUUUCAGGAGCAUUGCAUGAUGAGUAUCAUAAUGACGUCCCUUCCAAGGCAGUACAUGGAAUCUGGAAGAGUGCUUCGGGAAACUUAUUGUAUUUUUUUUAAUGCCUUAUACUUUCUGAUGCACUAGAACCUUCAAGUGCUGAAGUACCAGAGGCUGCAAAGUGGAAGAGCUACUGGAAGUGCUUAGGAAGCCAUGAGAAGCAAGUUCAAUGCUGGCAUGAAGAGUACCGACGCAGAACAGCUAUGUAAAAAAUGAGAGAUGCAGAAUCAAGAGAGUAAGCAGUCAUAUAGAGUAUGUCUUUAAUAAGGGAGAACAAAUAUGGAAUUAAAAAGGCACAAUGUGAAGGCUCAACAAUAAAACCAUUUGAAGCGCGGCAGAGUUUAAUAAGUAGAUGAGGAAUAUAGUUUUGAGAAUGUGAAGUCCAAUAGUCAUUUGACCAUUUCUUUCCUCUGUCUCUUCAUAUUUGAAGAGUUAAACAUUUGUAUAAAAGGAUGAGUGCAGAUUAUGUAUCGUGUAUGAGAGUAACAGUGAAUAAAGAUAUUGCCAUGCUUUCCCGUGGAUGUAGCCUUUAAUGGUGAACCACGCAAUUCACUGUGUUAUGUUUAUUUUAUGAUCAUCUCUAUUUUUUGUUUUGCUGUUUGAUAUUAUCUAAUCUGUUCUGAUACCAAUUGUUGAAGAAUUGAGCAGAUUUAAAAAAUAGAGCAGAAAACAGAGCACACACAACAAAUAAUACAUAAAUUAUGUGGUUUGCCAAAUUGGCUACAUCCAUGGAAACAGCAGCUAAUACGAGAUCUUCAUCUUGCAGAUUACAAUUAAUAAUCCCCUAUAUAUAGAAGUCAAUUGGGGAACAGCAUAAUUAAAGAGACACGGAAUGUGAAGGGGCAAAGCCCGGUGGACUUCACAUACCAAACAUAUAUA